AUGUCAGUGCGUGCACCCAGAUCCAAUCAGAAUAACUUGCGGUGUGGAUUCACUCAAGUGACUUUAGCAUGGCGUUCAUGUCGGAGAGCGUCGUUUCAGCAGGGUUUCUUUCACGGCCACGCGUUGCAUUCUGGUGGUGUCGAGGCUUGGUUACCGGCUCGGGCGCUACUUAGGCGACGUCAAACUGAUUUGAACGACUUGAAGCUACAACAGCGCGUAAGACGUGUGCCAAGGUUUGUUCGUGUACUCAAACGAAAAAGCACUUGCCGUUUUCGAUGGUUUGCCAGCGCUGGCAAGGACGCUGCCGACAAUACCUCGGAGCGACAGUCUUCAGAGCCAUCGGCCGGAGCGGCGUCGUUUGCGCAGCCUGCAGCUUCUCUGGACGGCAUCGAUAGAUCCGUAAGCCAACAGGCCAGAGGCUUCUUCAGUUCGAUCGCGGUAGUCAUGCACCAACUUCGGCAGAUGGCGCUCCGGCUCUGGACAGCGUUGUGUGUACUGGUGACCCUACGAGGCCCAAUUUUGCGGCGAUAUUUUGCGGAAUAUGCCUGGUUCAUGCUGGUUCUUGGUGUGCGCCUGUUGGUGCUCAUGAUGACAGCGCUCUUGUCUCCAAUCAUCUACGUAUGGGUGCGUCUGUUCCCGCGAUACAAGGCGGGUGUGCUCUGGACAGAGCCACACUGGCCGCGCCGCGUGUGCUUUCUCGGCGGAGCCGCGUCGCCAUUUCUCCAGGAAAUGGCUCGAGUGAUCUGCAUGGAGGCUAUGCGUGAACGCUCAGAACAGUCCAACGAAAGCAAACCGCAGCAUUCGAAUAUCUGCAUCAGCUGGGUGGAUUGUCACCUCGCAGCGCUUGAAGAGGCGCGUGCCGUCUGUACGGAGGUGGCCCCUGGGCUGCACUUUCGCUUGCUCCACCUCACGGAUCUAGACAUGCAGAGCAGCGGUACUCGUCAUGCAGUGCUCGCCCUGCGAGAAGAGCUGGGCACCUUCGAUCUGGUCGUCAUCGCACCAGCAUUAUCCAGUAUGACUGGUGCAUCCGCGAUGACGAGCUUCUCGACUCUGGGAAAACUCGACGAGCAGCCUCGCCUCGAGCGUGGUUCCCGAUUGGACACCAUCUGCACGGCCACGGAGCUCUGUUACCGACGAGUUGUCCUCGCUGGAUCCAUCGCGACAGAUCUCAUCAACACAAACGGCCAGAUCAUCUACAUUACUGGAACAACGAAACGAUUCGGCACCGCUUCAGAAUCUGAUGUGUGGAUCGAGCACGCAUGGAACGCUGCUCGCAUGCAUGCGCGUGACGCACGCAGGUUCGAUCGCGCUGUCUCCGGGCGAGUGGCGGUGAUCACGGCGCCUGCGGCGUACGUGCUGGAUCGUCACGGAGCGCUUGCGGACACGUAUACACGCUCGAUGAUGGACACGUCACCGAAGUCUGAGCCUGUAUCGACCGCCAUUGCUGAUGCGCCCCCGAAUGCAGCGCUGGAUGCGCCACUGCGGGCAGUUGUCGCGAAGCUUGCGCGCUACGGAAUCUCACGCGUUCUCCUUGGGGAAGCCGAGGUCGUGGUGCCUUUUCGUAGCGCGGUUCUUCUGCUUUGGCAAGAGGCGCUGCCGUGUCUGGUCUUUGAGACGUUUUCGGCAUUUCAUCGCGGUGCGUCGGAGGCACCCCCAAGCAAUGCUUAA